AUGUCCGAUCUCUCUAGUUCAGAGGAAUUGUUGAUCAUCCAGGCGGAUGGGCUAUAUCCUGACGAUGCAGUCGAGCAACAAAUUCUGAAGGAUGCCCGGAUUCCGCAAACCCGCAAAAUCAAGUAUCUUCAACUGGACCUGUUCCCGACAGGCACUGCUACACCCAAGCCAUGGACUACAAUCCCCGAGGAGUUGCGACGAGAAGUAGACGGCAUCCUAACGUUGAAGAUGUACUUCACGGCAGAAGAUGUGCAGCUCUUUCCAAAGCUUAAAGUGUAA